AGGUGGGAGAAUUCACCUGCUCUUCAGAAACCAACUCGCCAAGUCGAGGAGCUACGUCUACGUCUCGGUCAUCUCCUCUCUGCAUGCGCUACUCCUUCCACCGCGGGCUCGCCAUCGCGCUGACAGUCGCGCUCUCCUGCGUCUCCGCGUCGCCUUCUGAUGUCUCGGAGACUCGCGCGACUGACGCCAUCGCGCCACCGUCGCCGCUCGCGGAGGCGUUGCGACGUGUUCAGACUGAUAAUGCGGCUGUGCGUGAUCUGAGUGAUGCCGCGCUCUCGCCUUUGGUGCCGCGUGCUGAGCGCCGUGACGCGCUGGUGCAGUUAGGCGACAUGUAUUUCUACGGGAACAGCUCGCUCGACACGAGCGUCAAUGGAACGCUGGCCUUGAAUCUGUACGCUGAGGCAGCAGCUCUGGGUGCACCCAGGGCGCAGUUCCAUGUGGGUGUGGCGUUGAGUUACGGACUCUGGGGCUUCCCGCUUGACGAAGCGGCCGCCAUGUCGCACUACUACUUCGCCGCUCUGGGUGGAGACAUUGGCGCCGCUAUGGCUUUGGGGCACAAUCAUCUGCUGGGACUUGGAGCUCCGAAGAAGUGCGAAUCGGCCGUGCGCUACUACGAAGUGGCGGCCAAUGAGGCCGUAGCGAGACGGGAGCAGAAUGCCAGCCAUCCCGCCAUCUACGACCUGCCACAUCGUCGUCUAAAGACUGUAGCGGAGACGCAGCACAAGAAGAACUUGCCUGGUGACAGCGCGAUUGUUGACUAUUACGAGUUCUCGGCAGACAAGGGCGACCCAGACGCCACACUCAACCUGGCAACAUUGUACUUCUACGGCGCUCGUGGACUCGCACAAGACGUUGAACGUGCAGCGACGCUCUUCCAGAAAGCGUACGACUUGGGAGCUAGUGGGGGAGCGUACCACUUGGGACACAUUUACAGUCUUGGCAUUGGCGUCCCACAGAAUAACGCUACGGCGUUCAAAUACUUGCAAGAGGCUGUGAAUGAGGGAAACACGGCAGCCCAGAAUGAACUGGCGCACUUGUAUCUGCUGGGCAAAGGCACCGAACGCGAUGAGGAAGAGGCUGUGGCUCUCUUUAAGGCUGCAGCUAAGCAGGGCAGCAUGGAGGCCUUCUACAACCUGGGUGUCCUCCACAUGCGAGGCGGUGGAUCGACGGGCGCUGUACUUGCCACAGAGCACCCCGAAUACGAGGUCGCUCAUGGCUAUUUCCAAGUCGCUGCGCACCAAGGCCACACAAUUUCAAGUCAUAAGCUCGGCCAGAUGAGUCUGCACGGUAUUGGCACAACGCGCUCCUGUAAAAAUGCAGUCGAGUCGUUCAAAAUGGUGGCCGAGCGUGGCGAAUGGGAUCGGGUGCUCACUCAGGCAUACAAAGACUUCAAGCGCCAGGACUACGAGGCAUCUUUCAUGAAGUAUGCUGUUAUGGCUCAGCAAGGCUACGAAGUCGCUCAGCACAACGCUGCGUAUCUGCUCGACUACGAUUUCCUUACUCCUUCGGCGUUUUCACCUAUGCUAUCGCUGACGCCUUCGGGUAUGGAACUCACGAAGGACGUGGUGGCCUCGACUGCUGUGAUGCUGUACAGACUGGCAGCGCAGCAGGGUAACGUGGAUGCUAACCUGAAGAUCGGUGACUAUUACUACUAUGGAAAAGGUGGUCACCCCGUGGACUUCGUCAAGGCUAGUGCGCACUAUUCUCUGGCCAGUAAGCGGUCCAACGCGCAGGCCAUGUUCAACCUCGCACUCAUGUACGAGCACGGAAUUGGUGUGGACCAGGACUUUUAUUUGGCCAAGCGUUUCUUUGACAAGUCACGUGUGGCGCACAGCGAUGCCAGUGUACCAGUGACUCUAGCACUGUGGAAGUUGCGUGCUCACAAGUCGCUGCGGUCAUGGAAGAGAUGGUGGGAUGAGCUCGUAGGCAACGUGCCGCCGUCCAAGAAGGCAGCGUCUUCCUCGUCGACGUCGACUGCUGCGUCUCGCGGUCAGGACAACUCGCUUGACACAAAAUCUGAAGCGAGCGCUUUUCUGUCUUCUCUGCUUAAGAAUUGGUGGCCUGGAGACGUGGAUUUAAGCUCGAAUACUCUUCUGCUGGACAUGUUCAGUAACUGGCGCGAGGUGUUGCAGUCGGAUAACUUUCUCAUCUUUGUAUUGACGAUCGCGCUCGGGGUCGUUCUGUACAUCCGCUCCGAGCGUCAGUAUUUACAAGCGCCGCCUCAUCAGCAGCAACCACAGUAAGUCAAGUCAGUAGAGAAAGUCGAGACGAUGAUCCUGGGGUGAAAACUAAACGGCAACAACGGUAUGAUUAUUGCAUUUGGUCUUGAGUUAUUGCACUUGCUGUAGUGGUUCUGGAUCUAUGUAGGAAUCACGCUGUUCUUCAAACUGCUGCUGGAGCCGCUGGAACAUUUCUUGCUGUGCUUGUAGCGAACGUUUGAGAUCACUCAUUUCGGUCUCAAGUUGCUGGAUGCGCUUGUCGCUCUCGUCUGCGCGUUGCUGCUCUCGCUUGAGAGCCUCCACUACCACAGGCAUCAGUCGUGCGUAUGCCACGUAUUUGAAUCCGUCAGCGUCUGUGGACACAACUUGAGGAGCGACUUUCUCCACCUCUUGAGCUAUGAAUCCCAAUUCACGUUGACCAUCAUGUGGAAAUUUAUCAGGGAACUCGGCCGAAUUGUACGCAUACUCGACACCGCGCAGUUGAGCUACAACCUCGGAGGCGUUGGCGAUUUGAUGGAUGUCGCACUUGAAUCGCUCGUCCGAUGCAUCUACGUAGGCUCCUGAGCCCAUAACUUGGCCGUCCACUGUCACACUUGCGCCGAAAAACGCCUCGUCCUCGACGAAGAGCUCGCCCUGCACUUCCACCAUCUCGAUGGCCGUCAUGUUGACGCUGCUAAUGUGACCACCAAUGAUUUCUACGCCUCGUAGCUCACUCUCACUCAUAUCAAUGGAGCCACGCAUGCGCUGGACCUCGAUUUUUUCAGCGCUGAAUGUGCCCGACGUGGCAUCAAAGCGCAGACUGCCAUGCUGCUCCAGAACGCCACCUUUGCCGUACACAGCCACGAAGCCAGCACGUUGUCCAGCUACCUGAACAGACUGCACUGAUAGCGUGAUCUCGCCCAAAUUGAGAUCAUUUUCAGCUUCCAGAGUUUUAACGCCCGUAAGUGACGACGUAUCAAACACCGCUGCAGUCAAAGGACGCCACACGCCGCCGUCAAAUACGAAAAUGGCUGCUGCACCUGCCGCUACGUUGAGUUCGCCACCCAGGGGCUGUUCAUCGUCGUUCUGGAUGACAAGCAACUGACCAGCAUACGCGUGUUCACAAUCAAUUCUCGCCGUAUUUGGAGAAGCAACUCCAUCGUUGGUGAUCUGAACGUAGCUGUUGGUACUUGGGAUGACGAGAUUAUUAGAGGCGCGAAGCUGAACACUCGAAAAAACGGCCUGGGCCUGGGAGACCAGAGCUCCGUUUGCAAUUAUCCGACCACCGCGAGUAGUAGUGACGUCUCCAUGCGUCUCCAAGUUGCCUAAUGAGUCCACUGAAAAAACGCUUUCUGUUUGAGUAGUGCGGCUUUCAGAAUCGGUAGGUUUCAAUGCCUCAAUAAUACGAAAUGGCGGUGUAUGGAGAUGGUGGUUAGAGAGAUCAAAGCUCAACAACGCGCCAGCAAAGUUGGCGUUAGGUGAUGCCACAUGAAGAGCUUUACCGUUCACUUGCUCGGUUUUAACGGUUAGCCCACCAUCUUCGAUUGAGAAACCAUCUCGGGUGGUGAGACUCCCAGACUCGACUUGAAUACCACCAGACGCCACACGCAGACCACCGGACAUGAUCGUUUGGCCUCCAGAUUCGAUGGUCACACCACCAGCAAGCACGUGCAAACCACCGCUGUGCACUACCGUCGAUCCCGAAUCAAGCACUUCAAAAACUUUACUUUCGCUGCUUCUGCUACCUCUAGCCUCAAUUAGCGGUCUAGAAUGCGACGUGCCAUCAGUACCAUCACGCUGUAGUAAUAGUACCGGACCAGCGGGUGCAGUAAGUGUUGUCUGCCCAUUUUUCAGACUUAAAGUGCCAGAGCGAACAGCUAAGUUUCCGCUUUGAACGUCAAGUCCUCCGCUCAUAACUUUGAUUCCGUCCGACAGUACCUGAAUACCACCGCGCUCGAGUCUCAGACCGCCUUUAAGUAUCUCUAGGCCGCCACUGUGGAUGACAGUCUGUCCUGCUCCACUUACUCGCAAAAUGGGCC